GAGGCGCUAUAAAGAGGCGGCCGCUCCUGCCUCGCUCUGCCUUCGCUCGCCCGGCUUCGCCAUCGCCCUUCCGUGCGCAUCCAUCACCGCCGCCGCAUCUGGGCGCUCGCUGCCGACAGCCGCCUCUGCUUGCCUCGCGGGUGUUUUGUUCUCCCCCUCGGUAUAAGGAUAAAUAGUAUGAUUAUUAGGUGUCGUCUUUCAAACCAUCUUUCUAUGGAAAGUAAAGGGACUCAGACUGUGGUGGUCUUGAGCAACUUCGACGAACGGGACACCUUUAGAGAAUCCUGAUCAACCUGCCGGCAUCCUGAAAUACUUGAAUAAGACAGGGGCAGAGUUCAUUGGUCUUGUCCUCUUCCAACAUCGGCACCCAGCAGCGACCCUCGCUGCUUCCUUCAUCUCCUCCGAAAAAAACAGGCGUGAAGCUGGUUUAAAAUGGUUGGAUUCAAGCCCACCGACGUCCCUCCGACGGCUGCUGUGAAGUUCGUUGGAGCCGGGACGGCUGCCUGCAUUGCAGACCUGAUCACCUUCCCCCUGGACACGGCUAAAGUCCGGCUGCAGAUCCAAGGGGAGAACAAGGUGGCUGUGGAAGCCAGGACGGCGCAGUACAGAGGGGUCUUUGGCACCAUGGCGACGAUGGUGAAGAACGAGGGGCCCAGGAGCCUCUACAACGGGCUGGUGGCCGGCCUGCAGCGCCAGAUGAGCUUCGCCUCUGUCCGCAUCGGGCUGUACGAUUCGGUGAAGCAUUUCUACACCAAGGGCUCCGAGCAUGCUGGUAUCGGCAGCCGACUUCUCGCUGGCUGCACCACCGGAGCGAUGGCUGUCGCCGUGGCCCAGCCGACCGAUGUGGUCAAAGUAAGAUUCCAAGCCCAAGCCCGGAUGGAGGGCGGCCGGCGGUACCAAGGGACCCUCGACGCCUACAAGACCAUCGCGAGAGAGGAAGGGGUUCAAGGCCUCUGGAAAGGUACCUCCCCUAAUAUAACCCGGAAUGCGCUUGUGAAUUGCGCUGAGCUGGUGACCUACGACCUGAUCAAGGAUGCUCUGCUCAAGUACAACCUCAUGACAGACAACCUCCCUUGCCACUUCACCUCUGCGUUUGGAGCCGGCUUCUGCACGACCGUCAUCGCCUCCCCUGUCGACGUAGUGAAGACCAGAUAUAUGAACUCUGCCCCUGGCCAAUACGGAAGUGCCGUGAAGUGUGCCCUCGCCAUGCUGCGGAAGGAGGGGCCCCUCGCCUUCUACAAAGGCUUCACUCCCUCGUUUUUGCGGCUGGGAUCCUGGAACGUGGUGAUGUUCGUGACCUACGAGCAGCUGAAGCGAGCCAUGAUGGCGGCCCGCGGAUCGCGGGAGGCCCCCUUCUGAGCUAGCGGGCGGGCGCAUUUCACAGAUCUCACGCAUAUGCGCGCGCAACGGAUCCUCAAUCUAGAUCUCCCCCUCGCAGAACCUUCUCCCUCGUCUUUUCUCCCUUAUAAUCAUUUUUUUUUAACUACUCCUGUCUUAACGUUUAUGUGGCUUCCGUUUCGUUACAAACAGAAGCUCCUGGCUGCUUUUAAAAAGUUCUUAAAUUUGUUCUUAACGUGUUACGGUCCGGUCUACCUUUCUCCUUUCAACUGCGGGAUGCAAGUGCUUUAUUAAGCUCUGAGGAAUUUAGACCGCAGGGGCUCAACUUGCAAGAGAGCUCCUGUUCCCCUUUUCUAUCUCUGACAUCCGCACAGAGUUAUAAAUUUGUGCUUUAGAUAUUCUAGAUAACGUCAGUUACCCCCGUUACGCAGGGCUGUGCUUUUUUUUCCCAAGCAGAGAUGCUUGGAAUAAUUCAUAAGUGACUAGCCCAGCCUUGCCCCAGCCUGGCUUGGGUCCUGAUGGGAGCUGUAGUCUGAAACAAAUGGAGUGCACCAGGUUGGGGCAAGGCAGCGCUUCUUGUGGGUUGCUCUGACCAAGCAAGGUGCAGAUUCCUGCCGAUUUAUUUAUGAAGUGCUGGCGAUUUGCAAGCAGAGUUUGGGCUGCGUAGCAAUCCUCCCGUGCUUUUGCAUUUUAAUAAACCUUUUUUUAAAAAGUAGUUUUGCUUCCAGUCUUAGAGCCCCCCAGAAGGGGAGGAAAAAACCUUCCGUGCUGUACGGUGUCUCCCCGCUUUGAAGAAAGUCGGCAAGGGACCUUGUCUUGCAUGCACACAAACAUCUGCCACUGCGACUGCUUUGUCCCUCUUGAGUCAAGGUCAGUUUCAGGCAAACUGGGUUUUUUUUUGGAAACCAUUACGCAUCUCGCAAGGCUUUCGGCAUAAGCCCUAUAACUCCAGUUAAUUGUGUGGCUGUCCCAUUGGGCAGAGAGGAAAAACAGUAGACCUUUCCUAGGCUUCCCCAAAAGCCUGUAUUUAUUUAAUUUUUUUAGGGUUGCCUGUUUGCGACUUGGCAAAGCCUCCUGGCCAUCGGUUCUGUCUCCUUGGCAUCAAGCUGGCUGGCAGGAGUUGCUGGCUGGUGGAGAGGGAAUCUGGCACCCUCACCCUCCUUGGCUGAAGGCAUCUCUGGCAAACAGGAAACCUUUCCGGGUCCCAAUCCACCAGCCCAAGUUGUCCUUGCAGUCUGCAUUCUCUUUUGGGAAGCGUCUCUCUCCUUUAGGAUUUUCUGCAGAGCUUAAUAAAGCACCUUGUCUUUCGGUUAACGGUGCACAACUUUAAAAACUUUCCAAGUAGAGAAAAAUGCAUUGUGAGUCUUCUUGUGUGUUUUAACAUUUCAGUGGCGUUGUCUGUGGUGGUGGAAAGUGGCGGUGGAUUUUUAUUUUAAGCACCUUUUGUGUUGUGCAUGACUUGUUUUUUAAAAAUAAAGCUGAAGUACAAAGCUG